CUUCCCACGGGUCUCCCCACAGCCCUACCUCCCUCUCGCCUUCCCCUUCUCUUUUCACACACAGGACGCCCAGACACCCUCCGGCUCAGACAUGCUGCCGCUGCUGCUGCUGCCGCUGCUGUGGGCGGGGUCCCUGGCUCAGAAUCCGAGAUACUGGCUGGACGCGCAGCCGUCCGUGUCAGUGCAGGAGGGCCUGUGUGUCCACUUGCCCUGCUCCGUCACCUAUCCCCGGGAAGGCUGGAACGACUCUGGCCCAGCUCACGGCUACUGGUUCCAGAAAAGGGUAGAUUCCCAUGGAGUUCCGGCAGUGGCCACAAACAACCCAGAACAUGCGGUGGUCAGUGAGGCCCAGGGCCAAUUCCUCCUCGUUGGAGACCCCCGGGCCUACAACUGCUCCCUGGACAUCAGAGAUGCUCAGAGGAGGGACACGGGGACAUACAUCUUUAGGUUGGAGAGAGGGCCUACUGUGAGAUAUAGUUAUGCAUUGAAUCUGCUCUCCGUUCGUGUGAUGGCUCUGGCAGACACACCUGACAUCCACGUCCAGGGGACCCUAGCAUCCGGCCGCCCCACCAACUUCACCUGUGCAGUGCCAUGGGCCUGUGACAGGGGGACGCCCCCCACCUUCUCCUGGACUGGGGUCGCCCUCACCUCCCUGCACCCUGAGAGUCCCCACUCCUCAGUGCUCAUCCUCACCCCGAGGCCUCAGGACCACGGCACCAACCUCACGUGUCGCGUAACCUUCCCCGGAGCUGGUGUGAGCACAGAGGUGACCAUCAGGCUCAAUGUGUCCUACGCCCCACAGAACCUGGAUAUUCGGGUCUUCUGGGAAAACAGCACAGGUGUGAGGUCCCUGGGCAGCAUGGAGGUCAGAUGGGGGGAUGCUGUGAAGACUGAACAGAAUCAGGCCCCUGACCACUCACCCCUCUUGGCUCCUAUGUCUCCCCUCCCCUGCCCCCCACUCUGUCCCUUGGCAGGACUCUCUCUGGGGCCACUGUGGACUCCUAGGUGACUAUUCACUGUCAUCUCCCCUUGUUCCCUCUCUUCCCACCUCUCCUCACCCCUCACUUUGCCAUGCCAUCCUUUCCCUGAUUCUCUGUCUCUUUCUGACUGUGCCAUCUCCACCUCCCCGGAGCAGACUGAGUUCCCAAGCUGGGUACCAGGCUCCUGGUCUUCCGUGGUGGCUCAGAUGGUAAAGAAUCCACCUGCAAUACAGGAGACCAAGGUUCGAUCCCUGGGUCAGGAAGAUCCUCUGGAGAAGAGAGUGGCUACCCACUCCAGUAUUCUCACCUGGAGACUUGCAUGGGCAGAGGAGCCUGGCGGGCUACAGUCCAUGGAGUUUCAAAGAGUCAGACAUGACUGGGUGACUAACACACGCUAAUACCAGCUUCCUGCCCAUUUCUUCAGGAGGGCAAGGUCAAGUUCAUUCACCCUGGAGUUUUCUAGCCUCCGCACUGAAGGCCCUCACAAAUCUCUGUCCUGAGUGUCCUCCACUUCCUCUUGGUCAGGACCCUCCGAUCUGAGUAAUCAGAGUCUGCAUCUCAGAAAUUCCUUUGGACUGUGUCUCACUCAACCCUCCCCCAAGACUUAGUUUGCAAGCUUGACUUCCUGAAAAUGCCUCAUGUCCUCCCUUCCUCCACCUCCACGACCACAGCCUCAGCUCAGGCCUGCAUUCUCUCUCUCACCUGGACUUGGAGCAGCCUCCCCUCUGGCCUGUCAGCCUCCAGCUGAGCCUUGUCCAGCCUGCCAUAAUUGGGGCCACAGAGGGGUGUCUGCAGGCCCAGAGCUGACCCUCCUCCUUCCCUCUGUGUCCCCCUUCUCUUUCAUCACCUGUGUGCAGGCCUACAUGUGGCCAGACCCACAAGUGUCCAUGCCCGGCACAUGCUCACACAUCAGAGGCCACCUCCUGGGAUAUUAUCUCCCAGGUUGAGAUACAGCCAACUCUUCUUCUAACAUCCAUCCUUGUGUCCUGGGUUCACUGAAUUGCCUCUCCUUCCCCCGCCCCGACCUCACCCCUACUUGCCCUUGCCGGUGAUGAAAUCUCAGAGCCACUGUCCUAUAUCUGGGAGGAAGGGCGGGGGUGAGGGGGAGGGCCUCUCAGCCCUGCCCUUCCUGCUCUCUCUGAGUCCCCAGUCCCCGAGAUCCUGGGCAAUGCCACCUCCCUGCGAGUCCGGGAGGGUCAGUCCCUGCGCCUGGUCUGUGUCGUCGACAGCAACCCCCCCGCCAAUGUAAGCUGGGCCCGGGGGAGCCCGACCUUGAGCCCCUCCCAGCCUUUGGAUCCUGCGGUCCUAGAGCUGCCCCAGGUGGUCUUAGGGGAUGGAGGAGCGGUCACCUGCAAAGCUCAGCACCUGAGCGGCUCCGACCGCGUGUCCUUAGACCUAGUGGUACUGGGUGUCUCCUCUUUCUGCCCCCAAGACUUUGGAGAGAGUCAUGGCUCCUGGCCCCUGGUCCUCACCCUGCUGAGGGGGGCCCUGGUGGGGGCUGGUUCCCUCCUUACCUGUGGCCUCUUCUGGAUCUACUACACCAGUUUCAGGUAAACUACAUAGUGAUUUGACAUUUGCAUACAUUAUGAAUUGAUCACCACGGUAAGUCUAGUAACCACUUGUCCCAACACAAAGUUAUUACGAUCUCAUUGACCACAUUCCUUAUGUUGUCUGUUGCAUCCUUAUGGCUUACAGUGUUUCUAAGUGGUGGUUUGCUGACCAUAUUCCUUAUGUUGUCUGUUGCAUCCUUAUGGCUUACUGUGUUUCUAAGUGGUGGUUUGCUGACCAUAUUCCUUAUGUUGUCUGCUGCAUCCUUACGGCUCACUGUGUUUCUAAGUGGUGGUUUGCUGACCAUAUUCCUUAUGUUGUCUGCUGCAUCCUUACGGCUCACUGUGUUUCUAAGUGGUGGUUUGCUGACCACAUUCCUUAUGUUGCCUGCUGCAUCCUUAUGGCUUACAGUGUUUCUAAGUGGUGGUUUGCUGACCACAUUCCUUAUAUUGCCUGCUGCAUCCUUACGGCUUACAGUGUUUCUAAGUGGUGGUUUGCUGACCAUAUUCCUUAUGUUGUCUGUUGCAUCCUUACGGCUUACUGUGUUUCUAAGUGGUGGUUUGCUGACCAUAUUCCUUAUGUUGUCUGCUGCAUCCUUACGGCUUACUGUGUUUCUAAGUGGUGGUUUGCUGACCAUAUUCCUUAUGUUGUCUGCUGCAUCCUUACGGCUUACUGUGUUUCUAAGUGGUGGUUUGCUGACCAUAUUCCUUAUGUUGUCUGCUGCAUCCUUAUGGCUUACUGUGUUUCUAAGUGGUGGUUUGCUGACCAUAUUCCUUAUGUUGUCUGCUGCAUCCUUACGGCUCACUGUGUUUCUAAGUGGUGGUUUGCACUUCUUGAUCUCCUUUGCCUGUUUGGCCUCAUCACCACCACUUCCUCCCCGCCAGCAACCACCCACUUGUUUUCUGUGAGUCCGUUUUCAUUUUGUUUUGUUUGUAUGCUUUCUUUUUUAGAUUCCAUGUACAGGAUCAUGUGGUAGUCGUAUUUCUGUACCUGACUUAUUCCACUUAGCAUAAUAUGCCCUGAAUGCAUGUGUGCUAAG